UUGUAGUCAGGCACACCGCGGACAGCUUUCAGGGGCUUAGAGCGCCGAGGUCAGCCGUGUCUCCUCCACAAGCCACAAUCGUCCUGAACCGGCCGGCUGGCGUCUCAACACUUGCACGACCCUUCAAAUUCAACCCUGCGACGAUUGUGACAGCAAUACAUUUAUCGAUACCAAAAAAGCGUCGACACAAUGGCAGUCCCUCCAGCAUAUGCAGAUCUGGGAAAGUCGGCAAAGGAUAUAUUCAACAAGGGAUAUGGUUUUGGAUUGGUUAAGCUUGACGUGAAGACAAAGUCAUCAAGUGGAGUGGAGUUCAAAACGAGCGGCUCGUCCAAUGUGGACACGAGCAAGGUGACGGGAACUCUGGAGACCAAGUACAAGUGGGCUGAAUACGGGCUGACCUUCACCGAGAAGUGGACCACUGAAAACACACUCGGCACAGAAAUCUGCAUCGAGGAUCAGAUCACCAAAGGCCUGAAACUGAAUUUUGAAACCACAUUUUCCCCAAACACUGGCAAAAAGAGUGGAAAAAUCAAGACGGCUUACAAGCGGGAGUACCUGCACGCCGGCGUGGACGUGGACCUGGACUUCGCCGGCCCCACCCUCCACGGGGCAGGCGUGGCCGGCUACGAAGGCUGGCUGGCCGGCUACCAGAUGAGCUUUGACACGGCCAAGUCCAGGAUGCUCCAGAGUAACUUUGCCGUCGGCUACAAGACGGGAGACUUCCAGCUCCACACCAACAUAAACAACGGCUGUGAAUUCGGAGGCUCCAUCUAUCAGAAAGUGAACGAGCAGCUAGAGACGGCUGUCAAUCUGGCGUGGGCGGCGGGCAGCAACGGAACUCGCUUUGGGAUCGCCGCCAAAUACCAGAUCGACUCCAGUGCCUCCAUAUCAGCUAAGGUGAACAACGCCAGCUUGGUUGGAAUCGGAUACAGUCAGACUCUUCGACCCGGUAUGAAACUGGUCUUGUCCGCGCUUGUGGAUGGGAAAAACAUCAAUGCCGGCGGUCACAAACUGGGCCUGGGUCUGGAGUUGGAGGCAUGAGGAUCCAUUCGGAGCGAUAGAGAGAGAACAUAUUUUAACCAUAUGAGAGAAUGAGAAAAUCCCCCCCCCUCCCCAUUUUUGAGCACCGCUGAAACAUCACCUCCUAGUCUCACUCGUAAGUCACAACAAAUCCAUAAUGAAGCUCUAGUUUUACAAACGCCCACCGAAGCCUACGACAACCCGUUAAAUAAGAACGCACAAAAAAGCUGUGCCUGAUUGAUCGUCAACAAAACGAUAUAUGAUGACCUAAAAAUUUAGCGUGGGAAGGGGCCACGACACACAAAUUGGAAAGCGCGGCUUUCCAUCACAACGCUUAAACCCCGAGCCGCAAUUGACUCCAUGUUGACAAACCAAGCGAGUGGGAUGCCGAAUGUACAUCAGAGCUGUUAUUUUGCACACUCGACUAAUCUACCUUCCUGAAUUAAAGCUCUUCCGUUUUUGUUAUGACGUCUCAGUGUGCUGAGUUUUUUUUAAAGGUAGAGAAACACGGGGAAACAAUCCAGGGAAUUUAUUUCAAAUAAAUGAGUUCCUUGCUUUUGUAAUUACAAAUUUGUUUAAAAAAAAACAUUCAAACUUUUCAUGUUAAAGCUGUAUUUCCUGGAAUAGUGGCCCCCGCUCUCCUAAACCCACUUCUCCACAAUACUCUAUAUCACUUAGGCUACGACUCCAGAACAUUGUAACUGGCUCUUAACUUUACUUAACAAAUGCCAAUUACUAUCACAAAAAAAAAAUAAUCAUGUCUAUAAAAACAUUAGACUUGGGGUAAAUUUAUAAACAAACAUAUUAAAUCAUUUAG